UUGUGGAAACCAAAGAAGACCCACUUCUGCAAAAGUUUGGCCUUUAAAGUUUAAGGGGUCUGUCUUCUUCACCGCUUUUGGUUUUAGACUUUGGUUUAUGGUGUGGGUAAUGGUGCUUCAGCUCUAACCAAUUUGCACUGCACCGGGGGUGCGUAGGAUAACCGAGCAUUAACCACAGAGACAAGAGGAAAUCUUUGGUUUGGGCUACCAACAAAAAGAAAAGAAAAAAAAAAGAGAAUGGCGGAUGUGCAUUUUAGCAGAGGGUGGACGAGAAGAGGAGUGCUGCUAGUGGUUUUCUGCUUUCUGGGUUCGAUCUCGCUAUCUUGCGCGGCCAGGCCAGGUGUGUCGAGGCAGAGGCUUCAAGUACAAAAGCACUUGAACCGCCUGAACAAACCUGCUGUUAAAACGAUCGAGAGCCCGGAUGGGGAUAUUAUAGAUUGCGUUCACAUCUCUCACCAGCCAGCCUUUGAUCACCCUUUUCUUAAAGACCACAAAAUUCAGAUGAGGCCUAAUUACCACCGAGAGGGUCUUUUUGAUGAGAACAAGGUCUCUGAGAAACCCAAAACGCACUCAAACCCUAUAACUCAGUUGUGGCACGUGAAUGGUAAAUGUCCUGAAGGGACCAUACCCAUCAGAAGAACUAAGGAACAAGAUGUUUUGAGGGCAAGCUCAGUCAAAAGAUAUGGUAGGAAGAAGCAUAGGGCCAUCCCUCAGCCCAGGUCUGCUGAUCCUGAUCUCAUCAAUGAAAGUGGUCAUCAGCAUGCAAUAGCAUAUGUGGAAGGGGAUAAGUAUUAUGGAGCAAAAGCAACCAUAAAUGUGUGGGAACCCAAAAUACAGCAGCCUAAUGAGUUCAGCUUGUCCCAGCUGUGGAUUCUUGGAGGUUCUUUUGGUGAAGAUCUAAACAGCAUUGAAGCUGGUUGGCAGGUCAGCCCAGAUUUAUAUGGUGACAACAAUACAAGACUUUUCACCUACUGGACUAGCGAUGCAUAUCAAGCCACAGGCUGCUACAAUCUCCUCUGCUCAGGUUUUAUUCAAAUUAACAGUGAAAUAGCAAUGGGAGCAAGUAUAUCUCCUGUUUCAGCCUAUCGGAAUUCCCAAUAUGAUAUCAGUAUACUUGUAUGGAAGGAUCCAAAGGAAGGGCAUUGGUGGAUGCAGUUUGGUAACGACUAUGUGUUGGGUUAUUGGCCUUCGUUCUUAUUCUCUUACUUAGCGGACAGUGCUUCCAUGAUAGAGUGGGGAGGUGAGGUUGUGAAUUCUGAACCAGAUGGUCAUCACACUUCCACUCAAAUGGGCAGCGGCCGUUUUCCUGAAGAAGGUUUUGGCAAAUCAAGUUAUUUCAGGAAUAUACAGGUUGUUGAUGGCUCCAAUAAUCUCAAAGCCCCUAAAGGGCUUGGCACAUUCACGGAACAAUCAAACUGCUAUGAUGUACAAACAGGCAGUAAUGGGGAUUGGGGUCAUUACUUUUAUUAUGGGGGCCCUGGGAAAAACCCCAAUUGUCCUUGAGGAAAAGCACCUUUUUACCGCCCUGUUCCCAUGUAUCAUUCAGCCCCUAGUGUACUUUCUCCUCCCUUCUAUAUACCCCUUUUUUACUAUUAGGUUGGUUAGUAACAUGUGACCUCUCUAGCGGGAAGUUUUGACUCCUUUGCUUUUUACUUGAAAGGAUCCUCCAUGUAAGUGGUUGGGAAUGUGGCCAAGUUUCUGAAAAGCCUAAAGAAACAGGCCUUUGUUAUUCUUUCUUGUAUUUUAUUUGUUUGUUUACUCCGUUCUUGGAGUGGUUUGUUAAUGAACUUCUUCCUAAUCUUGC